AGGAUGCGCACGCACGCCCAACACACACACACACACGAGCGCAGCGCGAGUCGCGACCGUUCACAUCUCACCAAACACCGCUGCCAAUCGCUUUAAAGUUACACUCCGACAGCAGAUAGGCAUUUCAUCGCGGGCUACGUUUCAUUUACGUGCCAUGGUUCAGUUACUAACUCUGCACUGAAAUUUAAACCGUUGAAUUCAGCCAGCACAAACGGAGCGCCUACAGCGGCACAUUUGAGACAUAUGAAGAUUGUUGAGGUCCCACCACCAGGGCCGUGCGUCACAGGCCGUGAUGUGGGUAGAGUGUAGGGUGCUGGAGGCCGUCUGUGGAGGCAGAAGGAGGUCCCUACUCUCGAUGGUCAUGAGAAUCCCCUGCUCCUUCUGGUUCCUGCUGCUGUUAGGCGCUGGAGGUCUUCUUCUGCUACAUCUACAGGACCUCACUGAGACACUCCAGCAACAAAACCAAGGUGCAAAGGUCACAUUCUCCCAAGUGCAGGCCAUAAGGAAGGAACAGUGUCAUUAUUGUCUUGACAAUGACAGACAGUCUGAUCCAACAGAAGACAACUUUCCUAGACCUGUGCAACCAGUCCAACUUCCAGUCUUCCCAGGGGUCCAGCGUUCUUCUGUAAUCAAUCCCAGAGACAUUACUGCUUCCCAUGUCACAAAGAGCCACCGCAAACUCCUCCUUAAGAGCAGCCCACUUGUCCAGCAGCUCAACGCUGACCCCCCUGGCCAGAUCAGGGACAGUCCCGAGCGAAUGACUCGGGUGCAGAGCUCCCGUCUGAGGCUUAUGAGGGAGGUCUGUGCCAAAUACACAAGCGGAACCGCUAAACAGACUAUAACCCGCAUGCACGUGUCCCGUAUCUAUGUGGAAGACAAGCACAAACUCCUCUACUGUGAGGUGCCAAAGGUGGGCUGCUCCAACUCGAAGAGGGUGCUCAUGGUGCUUCAAGGACUCGCUUCAUCCACUGGAGAGAUCAAACAUGACGAGGUGCAUUAUGGGAAUCACCUUAAACGUUUAGACUCAUUCAAUCAAAAGGGCAUCAUCCGGCGUCUGAAGACCUACACCAAAGUCCUGUUCCUGAGGGAACCUUUCGAAAGGCUAGUGUCUGCUUUUCGGGACAAGUUCGAGAGUCCAAACUCGUACUACCAUCCAGUGUUCGGGAAGCCCAUCAUCUCAAGAUACCGCAGCAAUGCGACGCAGUAUGCCUUGCGCACAGGGGCGGGUGUGACCUUCAAGGAGUUCAUCCAGUAUUUGUUAGACGUGCAUCGGCCCGUUGGCAUGGACAUCCACUGGGAGCCCGUUGGACAUCUCUGCAGCCCCUGCCUGCUGGACUAUGACUUCAUUGGGAAAUUUGAGACUCUGGAGGAAGAAGCCAAUUUCCUUUUGAGAAGUAUUGGUGCUCCUAGCAAUUUAACAUUCCCUAGUUUUAAAGACAGGAACCCUAAUGCAGAAAGGACAUCUUCGGAAAUCACAAGGAGAUAUUUUGCACAGCUAAAUGUGACAGAGAGACAAAGGACAUAUGACUUUUACUACAUGGAUUAUCUGAUGUUCAACUACUCCAAACCUUUUGAAGAUUUAUACUGAGGCCUUUUACAGUUACCUGAUGAAAUUUCUGUUGGCCUGAUGUUCAUAUUUUGUCUUAGUGAGGGUAUUUUAUUACUUUAAAAUGUUGUUUAUUUGUUAACAAAUUUUAAUGUUAAAUAUUAAUCACACUCUAUAUUUAUAUCUGCAGGCUGGUCCUUGCGUUUAUCUUGUUAUUUAUCAAACCUAUUAAUUCUAUUCAGUAAGAAACACUUUAAAGGGAUAGUUCAGCCUUAUGACAUUCCGAACCUGUGUGAACAAAAAAGUAUUAAAAAUAUUUUAAAGAA